AAAUGUAGAUGUCAAAGAUUCUGAGAUGUCAAAAUCCAAUGUUGAUAGUGAUGGUUUUCAAAUAGUAAAAUCGAAACGUUCUACUAAAAACAAACAAACCAAAGUUCCUCCGAAGAACUUGCAAUUUCACGGGGAGGAUGUAAAUAUUGACGUCGCAACAUCCGUGUGCCGAAUACAAUCAUCUGUGGAAGAAUUAAAGGUUUCUGAAUACUUUAAAAGCAUAACUAAUACUGUGUAAUCAUGGCUUCGAUUACGACGAAACCUGCUUUAGUGACUUUGCGGCAGUUGCUCUCCGAGUUGCGGAAGCAGAGCUCGGCAAAAAAGCUAUCUGAUAACCAAAUGGUCCAAUAUGUAUUCAGCCAAUAUAGGAAGUACCAGACUACAGACCAACAACUGUGCAAGGCGGCUGACGAAAUGCAUUAUAGAGCUAAAACAUAUUUUGAUUAUAUACAUCAUAUUCGGAAGUAUAAAGAAAUUAAUACAGAGUUCAAAGGAAAAGGGGAGCGAAGUGUGGAAGAUACGGCCAGGAUGGUUGGGUUUAAAUUGCCUCAUGAUCCGAAACCUUAAAUUGUAUGUCAAAUAUAGAUUAUUAGUUUAAAAUUAGAUGUAUCUGUAAAUAUAUCAUUUUCAAAGCAUAA